AUGUUUUUCUCCAUCUUUCUCCUUGGCAGGUUCGGUCGCCGCUCGGGCUGCUCGACGUCGUCCCGCAAGUCCAACGGCCGCCGCUGGUCGUUCGUGUUCGAUCCGGCGGGCCGGCUCUGCUACUACUGGUCGAUGGUGGUAUCGAUGGCGUUCCUGUACAACUUCUGGGUGAUCAUCUACCGGUUCGCGUUCCAGGAGAUCAACGGCGAAUCGAUCGUGCUGUGGUUCUGCUUGGACUACUUUUCCGACUUUCUCUACCUGGUCGACAUACUGUUCCACUUCCGGACCGGGUACCUCGAGGACGGCGUGCUCCAGACGGACUCGACCAAGCUGCGGCAGCACUACAUGAACUCGACGACGUUCUACAUAGACUGCCUUUGUUUAUUGCCGUUAGAUUUUUUAUACUUAUCGAUAGGAUUCAACUCGAUACUGCGAUCGUUUAGGCUAGUCAAGAUUUAUCGAUUCUGGGCCUUCAUGGAUCGCACCGAGCGGCACACAAACUACCCGAACCUGUUCCGUUCGACCUCACUGAUACACUAUCUGUUAGUUAUAUUUCACUGGAACGGUUGUUUAUAUCACAUUAUCUAUAAGAAUAACGGUUUCGGCUCCAAGAACUGGGUCUUCCACGACUCGGAAUCGGCGGACGUGGUGAAGCAGUACCUGCAGAGCUACUACUGGUGCACGCUGGCACUGACCACGAUCGGUGACCUGCCGCGGCCACGCUCAAGGCCGAGUACGUGUUUGUGA